GCGGCGGAAGCUGCGGAAGAUAUUAGCUGACGGACUUCCUUUCAGUCCGUCAGGUUAAAGCUGCAGCCCGUCAGUCUGAAUCCAGUGGUAUCAACUGACAGAGUUUGAGGGGUGUUUCGUAGCUGAGGAUGUGGACGAAAGGGCAUCGUCCAAAGGCGAGGCUGGUAGCCAGACUGUGGUCCAGCAAGCCUCCAGAACCGUCCCGCCCUGUCCCUUCUGCUCAGCUGCGGCCACAAGACUACGUACGCAGACGCAGGCAAGAACGGGAAGAGAAUAUUCUGUCAGCUCAACAUGAUAAAGUUGGAGAUCAAACAUUAAACUGGAGUGAAAUACCAAAAGUAGCGUACACGGCUCAAACACCUGCUGGGACAAAGAAAGAUACCAGCUUGCCUUUCCCGUCUGCAUACAGUCCAGAUUAUGUGGAGUCCUGCUGGUAUCAGUGGUGGGAGAAAGAGGGAUUUUUCAAUCCUGACCAACAUGAGCGAUUGCCUCAUCGUGUGGAUCAGACGUUUUCUUUGUGUAUUCCUCCGCCAAACGUGACCGGUACUCUUCAUCUGGGCCAUGCUCUAACUGUAGCUGUGCAGGACGCUCUGGUCCGAUGGAGAAGGAUGCAGGGUCACAGAGUUCUGUGGGUGCCUGGAUGUGACCAUGCUGGAAUUGCAACUCAGACGGUGGUGGAGAGACGACUUCUGAGGGACAAAGGGAAGCGCAGACAAGAUUUCACUAGAGAAGAAUUCUUACAGGAAGUAUGGAAAUGGAAAAAUGAGAAAGGAGAAGAGAUUUAUCACCAGCUGAGGGGGCUUGGUGCUUCUCUGGACUGGAGCAGAGCCUGUUUCACGAUGGAUCCGGGUUUUAGCAGAGCUGUAACUGAGGCUUUUGUCAGACUGUGUGACUCUGGUCUUAUUUACCGCUCAGACGGUUUGGUCAACUGGAGCUGUGCUCUUCAGUCUGCAAUCUCUGACAUCGAGGUGGAGACCAGGGACGUUUCUGGACCAACCUUAAUGUCUGUCCCUGGAUAUGAGAAUAAGGUGGAAUUUGGAACAAUGUUCACCUUUGCAUAUCCUGUCGAAGGCCAUGAUGGUGAAGUGGCAGUGUCCACGACUCGUCCUGAGACGAUGCUUGGAGAUGUGGCUGUAGCUGUUCACCCUGAUGAUCCUCGAUAUCAGACUUUCCAUGGACUAUUGUGUAAACAUCCUUUCACCAACAAGCUCAUCCCCAUCAUCACAGAUACAAUGGUGGACAUGGAUAUGGGAACAGGUGCAGUGAAGGUGACUCCUGCUCAUGACUUUAUGGACUUCCAACUUUCACAGAAGCAUUCUCUGCCCCGCCCUUCGGUCAUUAGUGGAGAUGGGACUAUGGAGCCGUUGUGUGGACAGUGGUUGGAGGGUGUGAAGCGGUUUGAUGCCAGGCAGCUGGUUGUGAAUGCUCUUGUUGAAAAGAAACUUUUCAGAGGAAAGAAGAAUCACACCAUGACUUUACCCAUCUGCAGUCGCUCAGGAGACAUCAUUGAACCACUUCUAAGAAAGCAGUGGUUUGUCCGUUGUGACACAAUGGCUAUGAAAGCAAUAGAGGCUGUAGAGGAUGGGCAAUUAGAAAUCAUCCCUCACUACUACACCAAGAUGUGGAAGAACUGGCUGUCCAGCAUCAGUGACUGGUGCGUAUCCAGGCAGCUUUGGUGGGGUCAUCAGAUCCCUGCUUACCAAGUACAGCUUCCCAAUUCAACAACUGAAGAAGAGGAGCUUUGGGUUUGGGGGAGGAGUGAAGAGGAGGCCCGACAACGAGCCGCUGUAAAAUAUGGAGUGAGCCCAGAACACAUCACUUUGCGACAGGACCCAGAUGUUCUGGAUACGUGGUUCUCCUCAGCACUGUUUCCUUUCACCAUGCUUGGCUGGCCAGAAAAGACCCCUGACCUCCAGCGCUUCUACCCCAACUCUCUUCUGGAGACUGGCAGUGACCUCAUCUUCUUUUGGGUUGCUAGGAUGGUGAUGUUGGGAUCUGAACUGACUGGACAGCUGCCAUUUAAACAGGUUCUGUUUCACUCCCUGGUACGAGAUAAAUAUGGCAGGAAGAUGAGUAAAUCUCUUGGAAAUGUCAUUGACCCAUUAGAUGUAAUGCAUGGAGCCAGUCUCCAGAGACUUCAGGAGAAAGUGAAGGAAGGAAACCUCGAUCCAAAGGAGCAACUAGUCGCUCUGAAAGCUCAGAGUUCAGACUAUCCUAAUGGGAUACCCCAGUGUGGGACAGAUGCUCUGAGGUUUGCCCUUUGCUCCCACAACAUGCAGGGUGGACCCAUUAGUUUGUCCGUAUCUCAAGUUAUUCUCUUCAGAAACUUCUGUAAUAAGAUGUGGCAGACCCUGAGAUUCACGCUGGGAGUUGUUGGUGAAAACACACCUGUGGGAACACUUGAAGAGACAACUCCUCUGAACAGCAUGGAGCGGUGGAUCUGUUCCAGACUCUACAGCACAGUUGUGCAGUGUGAGCAGGCGUUUGAAGCUUAUGAGCUGCAUAAUGUCACAUCUGCUCUCUUCUCCUUCUGGCUGUACAACUUGUGUGAUGUUUACCUGGAAUCCGUAAAGCCGGUGCUGAAGCAGAAUGAGGGAGUUGAGGUCCUGACAGACAAAGACCACAGCAGCAACACGAAGCAGGAGGCCAGAACGGUUCUCUAUCACUGUGUGUCUUUGUCUCUGGCUCUGUUCUCCCCCUUCAUGCCCUUCAUCACCGAAGAGUUGUGGCAGAGACUACAACCAUUCAGACCCGGAGCCACGGCCCAAACCAGCUUGUGUUUGCAGCCCUACCCCCGAUCCACUCAGCUGGCUCACUGGUAUUUUCCUGAGGAGGAGAAAGAUUUCCUGCUGGUUCAGAAUGUUGUCCGAGUGGCACGUUUUCUGCGAGCCCAGUGUGGCCUAGUUAAAGAAAGACCUGUCAUGUGGGCCGUGUGUUCACCAAGCCAGGCCCAGACACUUCUUCGCUUUGGCUCAGCUGUUUGGACUUUAAGUCAAAUCUCAAGCCUCCAGAUCUACUGUCCAGAUCAAGAUGGCCACCUUCCCUCCGUCCACUCCACUGCUCCACCUGCAGGAUGCCUCGUUGGUGUGGUGGACCACACAUGUCAGCUACACCUUCACAUCCAAAGUGCAGUUGACAUUGAGCAACUGAUCCGGCAUCUCUCUCAGCGGAAAGAUACGCUUCUUCCAAAGCUGGAAAAAAGUCUUUGCAAACUUCAGUCUUCCAACAAUCCAACCAAAACUCCAGCAGAUAUCAGACAACGGAUGGAGAAUAAGGUUUCAGUUUUGCAGCAGGAAUUAAAGACCAUUGAAGAUCGGAUAAAAGUUCUUCAGGAGACGCAGUCAAAGGGAUAACUACAGCUGAAGGACGUCCUUGGAGACAUCAGAGCUUGUCUAUUUGUUGAUACCGCUGCUUGAGUCAAAGAUGUCUAAAGCAUCUUGCCUUUCAGUACUGUAAAAUACACCAAGAAAAUUAUGGGUUUUGUUAAGAGAAUAAAUUAUGAAAACUUCUG